UAAGACCCAUCCAAAAUUAGUCCUCUUACUAUAAGUCCAUCCUUCGAACAACACUCUCCACAACCAUCGCCAAACCAUCCAUCUUAUUACUUACUUUACAGCCACCACCGCCGCCGCCAAUGGCCGCCGCCACCGCCGUUUCCACCGUCGGAGCCGCCGCACCGCUGAAUUUGAAUGGAGCCGGGGCGGGAGCUGCAGUCCCGAGCUCGUCGUUUUUGGGGGGAAGCUUGAAGAAAAUAACCUCCGGAGGAUACCUGCCGAAGAUGUCUUCGGGCAGCUUCAAGGUCAUGGCCGCGAAAGAAUACGACGAGAAGAAACAAACCGAUACGGACAGGUGGAAGGGUCUCGUUACCGAUAUUUCGGACGACCAACAAGACAUUGCCCGAGGGAAGGGUCUUGUCGAUGCUCUUUUUCAAGCUCCGUCCGGUAUGGGAACACACGACGCCGUCCUCAGCUCUUACGAGUACCUUAGCCAAGGACUUCGCCAGUACGAAUACGACAACACCCUGGACGGAUUGUACAUCGCCCCGGCGUUCAUGGACAAGCUCGUCGUCCACAUAACCAAGAACUUCAUGUCCUUGCCUAACAUCAAGGUUCCGCUAAUCUUGGGAGUUUGGGGAGGCAAAGGACAAGGAAAGUCGUUCCAAUGCGAGCUUGUCUUCGCGAAAAUGGGAAUCAACCCGAUCAUGAUGAGCGCCGGAGAAUUGGAGAGCGGGAACGCGGGGGAGCCGGCGAAAUUGAUCCGGCAACGGUACCGUGAGGCGGCGGACAGGAUCAAGAAGGGGAAGAUGUGCUGCCUAUUCAUCAACGAUCUGGACGCGGGUGCUGGGCGGAUGGGCGGGACGACGCAGUACACAGUGAACAACCAGAUGGUUAACGCGACCCUUAUGAACAUCGCGGACAACCCGACGAACGUGCAGCUGCCGGGCAUGUACAACAAGGAGGACAACCCCCGCGUCCCCAUCAUCGUCACCGGAAACGACUUCUCCACCUUGUACGCGCCCCUCAUCCGUGACGGCCGUAUGGAGAAGUUCUAUUGGGCGCCCACUCGCGAGGACCGUAUCGGCGUCUGCAAGGGUAUUUUCCGCACCGACGGUGUGGCCGACGACGACAUCGUCGUACUUGUCGACACCUUCCCCGGCCAAUCCAUCGAUUUCUUCGGUGCUUUGAGGGCGAGAGUGUACGACGACGAAGUUCGGGGAUGGAUUAGUGGAGUGGGAGUGGAGUCGAUCGGGAAGAAGCUUGUGAACUCAAGGGAAGGUCCUCCGACAUUCGAACAACCCAAGAUGACUCUAGCGAAGUUGCUCGAAUACGGGCACAUGCUGGUCCAGGAGCAGGAGAACGUGAAGAGGGUGCAGCUUGCCGACAAAUAUCUCAAGGAUGCGGCGCUCGGAGAUGCCAACCGGGAUGCCAUGGAUCGGGGGGCUUACUAAUUCCGCUCUUAGACAGACAAAUGUUUUAUCGUUUGUUUGUCUGCGUUAAGGUUGCGCUGAUCCCAUACGUCUCGUCGCAAAUCGAUCCGAGUCGAAGAUGGAUCUUUCAAUAAUGGCUGAUGAUCGAUGCUCAUAUGGUUGGAUACUAAGCAGUUUGUUGUGUUCAUUUUUGUGUCUUGAUUUUGAACUUGUUUCUUCUGCAAAUCGUGUCUAGAUAAUUCUAAGUGUUCAUAGCUUUGGUUGAUUGCUGUCAUGAGCUAUGAUUUUCUGUAAUAUAUUGCUCUUUUAUA